UGCAUUGCCUGUGUCUAACUACAUGUCAGAUUUUCGACUAAUUCCUUCUUCUCAAGCAUCAAUCCAAGAGAAAGAAGUGAUGACUUUGCAAGAGAAAGCAGUCGUCUGCUCAAUCUUAGAGAUGUGUCGUUGUCCACUGUUCAAGCUUGCGUGCUUCUAGGUGCAUUCAGCAUCACCCGUGGUGAGGCGCACGCAUAAUCAGUAUAUUACUGCGUCGCUUGUCGGAUCGCGAACCUUCUGGAUCUUGCCUACAAGCCAACUUCUGGUGCAGUAGAGCGCGAAGUCAACGUACGAGGUCAGUCUUGAGCACCUCAUCCCACGUGAUUCUGGUUAACGGAGCACAGUGUGGUGGUCUUUGUGCAUGAUAGAUGUUUGGUCUUCAACAGGAGUGAGACUUCCAAGACAGAUGCCAACACUGGAAGAGAUGCCACUUCCUAUGGACGAUGUUGGAUUCCUAAGUCUCAAGGACGGAGAUCCUCCUCCGCCAUCUUUCGCCAAUAAUACAACAACCGCUUCUUCCUCCCUUCUGGCUGAGAUGAUCAAGCUCAGUCGUAUUCUGCUGGAAAUCAAUUCAUUGAACGAGCGAACCGUAUCAGGCGCCACAUCUGGUGCCAUCCUUGAAAACGAAGUCAUGGAUUUAAGCAAUCAGCUCGAUGGAUGGCACGCUAGUCUGCCACCCUUCAUGCAUGACACCUUAAGUAACGUUCAGCGAUUUGCAUCUCAAGGCCUUGGACGCAUGUUUGUGGCUGUAUAUCUCGGUUAUUAUCAUUUCGGCCAACUGCUCUUCUACCAAUUUCUUCACGGCGAUUGCCAUAGCACUGUUCUGAGUGCUCACUUUUAUGCGAACAAAUGCAAAGCAUACGCCAAGUCACUCUGCGAAAUCAUUUAUGCGUCUCACUCGGUGCCUAACUGCGAUGUGCAAUACACCAUGUGUGGUCACAUCCUCGUUAUCGCAUCAACAGUACAGAUUCAUACCCUCCUCUUCAGCGACAAAGAAGCACAGAUCGUCGCAGCAAGGCAGAGAUUGGAAAGGAAUUUCGAGAUUCUGAGUCAGCUGAGAAUGUACUGGCCGACGCUCGACAUAUGCUUUACCAGGUUACAAGCAUUUCACAAGGCUUGUCGAAACUCGAUGGACGAGUCAUUUCGACUAGACCAAUGGAUGCUGAGAUUUCUGUCAGAAUUUGCUCAGCCUGUAGAUGACAGAAUUGUGGAUGGAUUUGCACCAAUGAAGGUCUGGUCUUUGGACAACAUUGGCUGCAGUCCGGAGAAUUUGCCUUGACACCGCUUCUUAUCGCGGCUGGUUUAUGGUGCGGUUGUACAAACUACGGCUGCUUGCGCAAACGAGCGUCAUCAUUGUGCCUUUGAUUUCAAAUGUGUGCUGGAGCG